AUGCCGUCGAAACACAGAGUGUUGGCCGAACUAAAAAGGGCCCUGGGAGCCUUUACAGGGCGCAGACAAGCCCAGCAGCUGAAGGAGGUCGAAACGUGUGAUGAUGCGAGCCAGCCCUUGGAGCCAGGCGAGGAAGAUUCAUUCCCAGCACAAGUAUUGUCACAGACGUUGCGCUCAUUUGCAGAGGUAGAUGUCGCGCAGUUGGCUAUAUCUCAUGGAGGUGCGGUGCCACCCAACGUCGAGCAACAAAUGCUCCAGAUUAUUGAGAACCAUGAUUCAGGGCUCGAGGCGCAAAAUAACACCAGUCCCCUUCCUUCGCUGCAGGCAUUGGGCGAAUAUAACAAGGUUUUUGACAUGCUGGAUGAUCUUGAACCGGCAAAUGUGUCCCCGGCCUUGACACCUGAACAGGAUCACUCUGAAUCCCAGCUCAGGAGCGAGGAAUUGUUGGACCCGCGGGUUCAAAACUGUCUCCAAUUUCUUUUUACAGGCCUAACAAAGCAGCUCGGACCUUGUGAUCUCAGCGCCGAGUCGAAACAUCGUCAUACCGUGAGUCUACAUCUCACUGGUUUCAGAGACCAGAUCGAAGAUCAAUCACACCGGGUCUUCGGUUUUUAUCUAUCUUCACGACUUGACUGGAUCCCGUGUCGGUGGCUGGAGAGUCGGGAAAUCCUGGAGGCUGCGAAGCCAGGUUGUGGCCUAAUCCGGGACUGCGAGGAGGCCAAAAAGCGGCUGUGUAUACUCCUGGAAGAACGACAGGGAGGUCGCCUCCUGCCCCAACCGGAUGAAGCAGACUGUUAUGCAUCGAUUUCCACUCCUACCAUGUCUCUCGGUCAGCUACUGGACACUCCCGGCCUAAACCGUCAGUUUCCAUCUGCCGAUAAUCCCAACAGGUUUCUUCCACUUGACAGGGCCACUCUGUGUCUGAACCUAGCCCUUUCUUUGCUCCAACUCUCCCAAGACGAGUGGCGACAGAUUGUAUGGUGCCCUGAGAACAUCUUCUUUCUCAAGAACCCUUUGUCUGGAGUUGUGGAAGAAAAAACAAAGCCAUACUUGUCUUGGGUUGUUAUGUCGACUCCCAGUGUGCAGGAUAAUGCGAGAGACAUGGGCGAACUUGCUUGCGACUCUCAUCUCCUUCACUUUGGGCGACUCCUUAUGGAAAUCCAUGCGUUUGAAAGAAUCGAAGAGCCAGUCCAUGGUCUUGAGUUGCAAACAACCCUUUUGAUGGCAAUCCAAGACGAGAGAAGCUACCUACCUCAGGAUAGCGCCUUUGUCGCCGCUGUCAAAGCCUGUUUGAGCCUGGAAGGGAAGAUUGCUGCGGCUGGAGGAGGUGGCUCCAGCCAAAUCCGAGACUUUAUCUAUCGAAAUAUUGUGGUCAACUUGGGAUGUUCAGUCGCCGGAAAAGAGAGGCCACAAAACCUGUCCAGGUGUUCUGCAUUAAGCAAACACCUCGCAGUCAACAGUGUCUGUCAAGAAACGAUGUUAGACUAUGACAGCAAACUCGGCAAAACCCCCAUCACCAUCAAGUUAGUUAGCCCUCUGCUGAUGAUUAUGUACGGGCAAACAAGCGGGUUAACCAGUUUUAGUUCAUCAACAACUGCCAGGAACUUUUUGAAGCAGAUGGACGAUUGGCUAGAGCUCAAUAUCAAGCCGCUUCGACCCAUGAAACCGCCAGAAAACAAUACUCACUCCCAGGCAAAGAUCAAAAUUGCCAUCAUUGACAGUGGAGCUAGCAUGAUAGACGAUCGCAUCCGAGCUGCCGUUAGAGGCAAGAAAAUAAAGGGAGGGAGGAAUUUUCUGCCUUCGGCAGACCCUCAUGACUGGGAUGACGAUUGCGGGCAUGGGACAAUUGUGACCCGGUUGCUGCUCAAAUAUGCCCCAAAUGCCGAUAUAUACGUCGCAAAAGUCACAGAGGGGUCCAGGAUUGAUUCAAAAGGGCUAUUUUGCGUGAGCCAGGCUAUCAACUGGGCCGUCCAGAACUGGCAGGUCGACAUCAUCAGCAUGUCCUUUGUUGUCGAGCACGAGCAUCCGGGCAUUGAAGAAGAACUGACGCAAGCUAUUGACCCCUCGUACGAGGGCCCGGGGAUCUCGAGAAAGAUCGUGUUUGCGGCUGCUGGCAACCGUGGAGGCAACUCUCUUAUGGGUUGGCCUGCACGAAGGAAUGGGGUCAUCGCUAUCCACGCCACAGACGGGCUAGGAUCUCCCGUGAACAUCAAUGCUAAUCCAGACCACAUGGGGGACAACUUUGCAACGCUCGGCCAGGACAUCGAAAUAGAGUGGACACCUGAAGGAAAGCAACACAAGGAAAAGAUCUACGUGACAGGCACCUCCUUCGCGACGCCGAUUGCUGUUGCGAUCGCAGCAAAUGUCCUUGAGUUCUCAAGCCUCGGCCGUAAGGACAUAUGGAGGUAUAAUCAAGUAACGGGGUCGGAUGGAUUCGGUCUGCCAGCCAAAGCCCCCGCGCUGCUUGGCGAAACAACUGACGGAGACAGCAGUAGCCUGGCCUAUCAUGGUGACGAGGCUUGCAUGGCUGCAGGUCAAGUCAGAAGAUCAUGUGUCUCAUUUUCAACCCCCUGGUCGUCCAUCUCACACAUCAGUCUUGUCGACUUGUUGUGUCUACCGAGACGCCAUCACCGGGAAGACCAAGCGCGGAACAUGGACCGACGAGAACAGGCCAGGAUUUCCGAAAUCUCGUGUGAAUUUGAGGAACUAUUCACACGGUAUGUCCAUGGGAGUCGCUCACACAUCAGUCCUGGCGACUUAUUGCCGCUACCGAGACGCCAUCCCCUGGAAGACCAAGCGCGGAACAUAGACCGACAAGAACAUACCAGGAUUUCCGAUAUCUCGCGUGAAUGCGACGAACUAUUUAUGCGGUAUGUCCAUGGGAGUCGGCCGCAACAGUUCGCUUUUCAGUCGUCUCAACAGCGCUUCUGGGCCUGGUGGCAUGCCUUCAACUCUUUCUCGAGACCUCGCCUGCCACUCAAUUUUCUGGCAAAUGAGGGAGAGAAUGCGGCGACCCAACAACGAGUAGAAUUACUGCUUGGGGUAUUAAGACUAAAUCUUAAACUUGCACUGCAGCCUACACAAGACAGCGAGAAAGUGGGCGUGUCAGACGAAAUCGAUCCACUAGGCACAUUAGAUAUAGCCCUGUUCGGCAUUGAUGGCUCUCUAAAGAGGCUUGAAAAGAUCGUCUCUGCAAUUCACAGAGGUGCGGCGGGGAGUUUGCAAGAACGAAUAUUUGCAUACGCAGGGGAAAAGAGGGACCUCAUUUUUGAGGAGUAUGUGAACCACCAAGUUCGAUGCUCUUCUCCUGGGCUCAGAAAGCUCCUCUUUGCCUCCAUUCUCUACCGCCAUUAUCGGAUUCUUCACGAACGUAGGACGGGCCAAAGACAACAGAGACGGAGCGACAGUGAGGAGAAGCGUUUCCAGUCGAAAAAGGAUAGUUACAUGAGAGAUAAGAGAAGGUAUAUCAAAAUACACCCUUCCCGAGGACUGGAGAUGUCGAUUACCCCAAAGCCCCUACCAUCGCUGCGGAACAGGAAAACGCCAUUUGCCCGAUUUGUAAAAAGACAUAUCCCGCCGCCGUGUUUGAAGGAGAACAGUGGAGACAACACCAGAUCUCAUGUGGACCAAGACUUGCAACCAUAUUUUUGCAUUUCCCAGCACUGCGCCAAGAACCUCCUAUUCUUUGCCAACAGCACAUCUUGGGUCCUGCAUAUGAGACAAGUACACACCACGAUGUGGGUUCGCCAUCUGCACAAUCCUGUGUUGUGGAAGUGUGCACUACCACACGACGGAAAGGUCCUUAUUGAACAUGGCACGGAGGAAGGCUUACUAGAGCACAUGAAGACUGAACACAAGGGUCUCUUCAAGAGUGAGGACCACCUGAGAAGCCUGGCUAGCAGCAGCGGUGUUCCCUUGCCUCAACCCCUGAAUAUUUGCCCAAUUUGCGACUAUAACCACUUGGACUCCAGAACUUGGGUCGGCGGCGAUCCCACUCAGCAGUCAGAGGUUGGAACUAAAGAGCAUGGGGAGAAUUCCCGCAACGCAGCUAUACAGUUUACUUUGCCCCAAGUUUCUUCCUCCGCAACAGAAGCGUUGCGGGAUCACCAGCAAACGGAGAGGUGCAUCAGCAAACACCUCAGAUCACUCGCGUACUACUUCUGUCACUACCUCAUCGAUAGCAGAGAUGAUCGUGAUCCAGACAUCGACAACAAAGAUAAACGUUAUCCAGACAAAGGAACUAUGCUAGAAGUGUGGCUUAACGAGGCGCGGAGUGAUGGUCCAUUUAAUCCCUGGGUGUUUGAACCGCGUAAAGGUCCUUCUUUCGCGAGCACGUACAGUGUGGAUCAAGUCAGCCGGGCUUUUAAUAACUCCAAGUAA